AUGGUCGUGGACGUGGACAUGGACGUGGACGUGGACGAAGACAUGGACGUGGACAUGGACGUGGACGUGGUCGUGGACGUGGACGUGGACCUGGUCGUGGACGUGGAAGUGGACGUGGACGUAGACGUGGACGUGGACGUGGACCUGGACCUGGACGUGGACGUGGACGUGGACGUGGACGUGGACGUGGACCUGGACGUGGACGUGGACGUGGACGUAGACGUGGACAUGGACGUGGACGUGGACGUGGACGUGGACGUGGACAUGGACGUGGACGUGGACGUGGUGGACGUGGACGUGGACGUGGACAUGGACGUGGACAUGGACGUGGGCGUGGACGUGGACGUGGGCCUGGACGUGGACAUGGACGUGGACAUGGACGUGGACGUGGACAUGGACGUGGACAUGGACGUGGACAUGGACGUGGACAUGGACGUGGACAUGGACGUGGACGUGGACAUGGACGAAGACGUGGACGUGGACCUGGACGUGGACGUGGACGUGGACGUGGACUGGACGUGGACGUGGACGUGGACAUGGACGUGGACGUGGACAUGGACGUGGACGUGGACAUGGACGUGGACGUGGACAUGGACGUGGACAUGGACGUGGACAUGGACGUGGACAUGGACGUGGACAUGGACGUGGACAUGGACGUGGACAUGGCCGUGGACGUGGACGUGGACAUGGACGUGGACGUGGACGUGGACAUGGACGUGGACGUGGACGUGGACGUGGACGUGGACAUGGACGAGGACAUGGACGUGGACGUGGACAUGGACGUGGACAUGGACGUGGACGUGGACAUGUUCGUGGACGUGGACGUGGACAUG